GCGAGUCACGCGUUGUUUGCCUCACAGAGAGCAAACAUGGCGGAAGAUGGAGAAUCGCUGGAGUCCUGGCUUAAUAAAGCCACCGGCCCUUCCAACAGACAGGAAGACUGGGAGUUUAUAAUGGGAUUCUGUGACCAAAUCAAUAAGGAACUGGAAGGCCCUCAAAUAUCCGUUAGACUGCUGGCUCACAAGAUUCAGUCGCCUCAGGAAUGGGAGGCGAUUCAAGCAUUAACGGUUCUCGAGGCUUGUAUGAAAAACUGCGGGAGACGUUUUCACAAUGAAGUUGGGAAAUUUAGAUUUUUAAAUGAAUUAAUUAAGGUGGUUUCACCCAAAUAUCUAGGAGAUAAAGUAUCGGAGAGAGUGAAGACAAAAGUGAUCGAGAUGCUGUACAGUUGGACCCUGUCUCUACCAGAUGAAACAAAGGUCUUUGAAGCGUAUGAAAUGCUGAAGUCACAGGGUAUUGUCUUAACUGACCCAGAAAUCCCUCUCGAUGCUACAUUAAUACCGUCUCCUUCUCCGCGACCCAAGAAUCCUGUGUUUGAUGACGAGACGAAGAGCAAGAGAUUAGCUGAGCUGCUGAAGAGCAAAAAACCUGAGGAUCUGCAAGAGGCCAAUCGGCUCAUCAAGAACAUGGUUAAGGAGGACGAAGUCAGAACACAGAAAGUGACGAAGCAGAAAGGCACACUGGAGGCCGUAAAUACCAGCGUCAAACUCCUUAACGAGAUGCUCGCUCACUUCAGCCCGAACGACUCCACGGACGGAGACAAGGAGCUCAUUAGGGAGCUGUAUGGUGAUUGUGACAAGCUCAGGCAAACCGUGUUUCAGCUUGCUACUGAGACGGAAGAUAAUGACAGCAGCUUGGGUAAGAAAUCCUGUAAUUUUGCCCGUAGAGCAGGGAACCUCAUGGGGUUUUACAGGUCACAGGGCCUUACGUGA